ACAUCGCUAGCUGGUUGUCUUCGUUUUUGCCGUACUUCGACUUUCCCCUAAAGUAGUUUUCUUUUCGAUCACGGGUGCUUCCUACACUGCGGACUGUCGUUAACUACGAUAGUGUGUUUCCUCGCCAGUAUUUAUGCAACGGUAGUAUUGCUACUUGCAGACGAUAGCGUUUUGUCUAGAUGAUUGGCUAGCCAGCUAGCUCACUGAGGUAACCCAAGAUUUUCAGUUUGCGGUAGCAUAGCUAAAAUAUUGUCGCUUUCUUAUCGACGUUAUGCGGGAUAUCUAUUCGUGACACGAAAUCUGGAAUUUUGAUGUUUUGUAGAAAUCUAGAAUGUAGUUAGUUAUCCAGUAGGUUACUUGGUUAACAAACGCUCUUCCAACUACAUAGCUAGCUCAACUAGCUAGCUGUUAUGUUAGCUCUUUGUUCACUAGUCUGUUAGGUUACUAUUACUAUUCGACAACGUUAACUGGUCUCAGUAACAUUAUGUAUAUUCACGAAAUAGAUUAGAAUUUACUAUUGUCACGCUGAUACAGAGAAGAGCAUGCAAAAACAACGCGUACAAUAAAUUUCUAUUGAUCCUCUCAUUUUCAUAUCAAGUUAUGUCUUCAGAAUUAACUAUUGACAUUCAGCUAACAGAGUUGGGAUUUUCAAGCUGGGAUUUCGAGCUGUUAGAACAGAAAGAAACACCUGACACAAACAGUUCACCUUCAAAUCCUGAUCCUUGUGCUACAGCAACAUCCUGGUCUCCCGUGCCGACAGAAAGCCACGUGGAUGAGGAAACGGGGCUUUUAGGGGGUCAAAAUACGCAUGGUGUCUUUCAGAGCCCCUCUCCAGGAAGUCAUGACACUUGGAUUAAGGGUGAUAAAACUCAGACGGACACCGCGUCCACCACUACAGGGGGAUACAGCAAUAUUGUUUGCGAUGAAAAAGGUGCAUGUGCAGGAGGAAAGAAAAGAAAGGGAGCAGAUGAUGAUGAUGAAAGUGAUGAGAAUCCAAACACAGAAGAUGGAAAGAGAAAAAUGCACGAAGGGGACACGAGUAUAAGAAGCUCAAAGAGAAAUCUGAUAACCAAUCUUGAUGUGCAUAAUGAAGAGGAAGAUGAUAUCGAUUAUGAUUUGACAGAAGAUGAAGAAGGGAAUUUUUUUUUUUCUUCAGAUCAGAAGGGCUCAGAACAGCAUCGUUGCCAUGUGUGUAAUCUCACCUUCUCCACGCCAUUCCUCCUCCAGGAACACUUGCAUCUACAUACAGGUGUGCGGCCCUACUGUUGUGCCGAAUGUGGCAAGCAGUUCUGCCACCUGGUGAACUAUCGUGCACACCUACGCUCCCACGCACAAGUGGCUUCUGUCCACUGCGUCAUUUGUACAGCUACGUUUGCAACAAAGGAGGACCUCCAGAAGCAUCUGGACACCAACCACUUUGAGGACGAGUUUUACCAGUGUGAUUUCUGCAAACGAAUCUUCAGUAGCAUGCAGGAGUGCAAAAAGCAUGUGCAACAGCACAAACAACAAACGAAAGGCCACCAUUACCCCAAUUGCGACUGCAGUUUCUGCCGUCAAACCUCGGAGAAGGGUGUUUUCAUUUGCACAGACUGUGGCCAGGCAUUCUCUAAAAAGGUUUCCCUGCUGCGCCACAGCUUCCAUCACCUGGGCCUUCUGCCGUACACCUGCGUGCGCUGCAAACGCCACUUCCGCCUGCCAUCGCUCUACAGCAGGCAUGAGUGCAAGCCGGAGCACAUCCAGUGUGUGGCCUGCCUGGUCAUCUUCCAGAGUCAAGGUGAUUUUGAGAAGCACAAGAUGGACACGGGGUGCUGGGGUCAUCAGACAGCCUCACCUGCAAAGACUAAUGAUAUUCGGUGCAUGGAGUGUGGCCAAGUCUUUGACAGCUCAGAGGAACUGAAGAAGCAUGCUGGGACCCAUCAGAGGGUGAUGAGGUGCUCCGAAUGUGGAAUGGGUUUUCGCUCUUCGCUCAUGCUCAUGUCACACAUGGGGGGGCACGCAGCUCAACGGCCUUGCCUCUGCAAGGAUUGUGGCCUGGGCUUCUCUCAUCAGCAGGCUUUCGACAGCCACCUGAAAACAUGUGGGGUCAUGACCCCACCAGAGGGUGCUAUGAAGAAACCAAAGCCAAUGUCAAAGAAGAAGAAAAGUACUAUUGCUCCUAAAAGCAAGGACCUCCAAAUAGUUACUCAAGAAACUCAGAAAGACAUUCCACAGCAAAUGCACCCAGUUCCCCUUGUAAAUAACCAAACAAAGUCUUCUAAAGGUAUGUGGACACUCACUCUGGAUAAAAAACCUCUUCCUGGUGUCCCCCUGGUGAUGUUUCUGCCCGUACCUGCAACACCCACUUCAGAGUGUACUCAGAAUCCUCCAAAUCUUGUGGCCUCUCCAGAGGUUUCAGAUAAAAGCCUGUCAAGUCCACAUGCCAAUAAUAUUCCAGUAACCUCUACCAGUAAUGCUGUGAGUGCCGGUUCAGACAAAUCAGUUCUGCUACAAAGCAUCAAAGCCCCUGGUGCAAAUAUUUUGAUACCUUUGACUACUGAGGAUAAUAAAAUGAGAUGGACAGUAUUACAUGAGCAGAGUGUAUCUAGCCCAGUAAUGAUACGCACAGCGGCAAAGGAAAAAGCAGUGUGUGCUUUUGAAUCAAAACAGACAUUAAACAUUUCACAGUUGAACACAAAAAAUGAGCCUAACAAGAAUGUUUUGUCAAGCCUAGAGAUCUUGAACACUAUGCAGAAUAAAGCAUGUGUUGAUGAGAUAAAGCCACAUCAACAAAGGUUGAGCACCUCAGGACUGUGCAAUCCAGUGACGCCGGUAUGCUUAGUGAAAGUUAUGAGGCAGACAGGCGAUGACUGCACAACGCAAAUAGAGUCAAGACUGGAGAAUGGUAACUCCAUACUAGAAACUGUGGAAAUGAGAAGUGGUGCCCUGUUGAAAGUGGAGAACAAUUUUCUUAGUGCUGCAAUAAUGGGGCCCUAUAGUCCUGGCUUUGGAUCUUCAGAAAAUAAAUCAGGAAUAAAAAAGGAACCAUGUGAAGAACAUUAAAGCAAAUAGUAAUUUGUUCAGACAUCAUCUGACUUGCAGUCGCUUAAGACAGAUGAACUCCAGUCAGAAGACCAAGCGGAAAAGGUACAGAACCCUGCUGCAGAGUAAGAGACAUAGGUUGGAGUAAUACAGAAGUGGAGAUCAGUGACAGAUCAGACAUGGUCCACAGAGUGCAAGACUUGUGGAAAAGAUCUGGAAGAAGACCUGGUCCAACACAUAGAACAAUCAAUGCCUGUCUGUUUUAGCUACCCUAUUUCGUCUGUGUUCACUGGUAAUUUCCCUUGCCCACCCAGUUUGCCCAUCCUAGUUUGCCAUGCAAAUGAGUAGACCUAGUUACAUGGCUAUGACACGUAAUCUUGGUCCAAAUAAACUUGAAUGAAUGGAGCGGGUUACUUUGGUGCAGGACAAAUGCUUUUGACUUUGCAUAACUCUUUGUUCUUUUCAUGGUGUUAUGCAGAAUGUAUGAUUGUAGGUGCCACAACACACAAUUAGAGGUUAUUACUUAUUAAUGUAUUAUGUCAUCUUAUUAGGUGUUUCUGGAAAUGCUUAUGUUAUGCUGUACAUGUUGUGUUGGGUAAUACAGCAUAGAUCUGUAUUAGUCUUUAACUAAGAAAGCAGAGAAUCAGAAAGUUAAGGUUGAAAACUGUUUACUGGGUAUGCAAACAAAUGAGUACAUAUUGUCUUUAUGAUGCUGUUUGGAUAUCCCUAAAAUAUUUAAAUUUUACUUAAUUGUAGACAGGGUCCAUUUGAGCAUGUUGUUUUAAGGUAGAAUGAGAUGGCAUUUAAUUUUAAAUAGAUGUGCAUUUAGAGGUGUAAUAUCAGGACAGUACCACUACACCCUAAUUUUGUUGUUUUCUAACAAAUACUUAUUCAGGUUAAAGUCUUCAGGGUAAAUUGAUUUUAUUAUUUUCUUUUUAUUGUGUCUUGUUUCUGUAAACAGUAAAGCAAGAGUGCAAUUCAUCCUGAAUUUAUUUUCACUUAUUAUUUGAAGUGGGAUGAAAUAAAACAGCUGCUCAGUGCUCAGCCGUGUGCUUGGUGCUAAUGAGUCAUGGUCAUGUAGUCACAAAUAUAGUAAUUAUACUUUAAUAUACUUGGAUAUUGCAAUACUUUAGAGUCAAUUCAGGAACCCUUUGCAAUUAGCCAGUUAAUAUCUUUACAUGUACCUUUAACUGUAAAUAGUCAAAAACAACUUGGCAUGAUUUGUAAGGAAAGCAUAAAAUGCAGAUGUGUCAGCAGGCUGUCUUCUAAAGAACAGCAAGAAUGACAUUUACAGCAUUUAGCUGACACUUUUAUCUAAAGCGAAUAGUAAUUAUUUGUACAAAACGAGUUUGACAUUUUCACAUCAGUGGGCAUCAUAAGUGGUGGAUUAUAUGUGAAGCUUCAACACUGGUCUAAUAUUUCUACUGACUUAAUUUUAUUAGUGAUCGAAGUGGAAGUAGAAUCACCAUGGAAUG